GCAAUUUGGUUAUUUUUCUUAGCUAACUAUAAAAAAAAGUUACAUAUCUAUACUCUGAUCCUCUGUUUGCUAGCCUUCCAUGACAAAAUUCUAGUUUCCAAGCCUGUUCGACGUCAAAACAACAAUCACAAUCAUGCAGUAGCGGCUCCAUGAGUGACGACUGAAGACCCAAAAGUCUCCAAAAGGCAAUAACUGCGUGAAAUACAAAACUUUCAUCUCUUAGCCAUCUCCAUUCCUGUUCUUGAACCUACAAAACGCAGAUUUACCAUUAAAAUUUGGCGAAUCUGAUAUUGAUACAGCCAAUAGGGCUCAGUCACCAAUUAAUUCACCUAUCCUGAUCCCUUGAGAUGGGAUUGUCCUACUUGAUCUCGGGGGCUUGAGUUGAAAUGCAGCCCAAUUUGUUCCCCUUUGGAAGCUUUCAGGGAAAUCCGUUCGUAUUCAAUGGUGAUUUGAGUGAGGGGUUUGAGACCUCUAGGGUUUUCUUCUUAGUUCCUUUCUUGCUCUUCCAGGGAGGGGGAAUGGAUUUGUCCAAGGUCGGAGAAAAGAUCCUGAGCUCUGUUAGGUCUGCGAGAUCGCUUGGACUGCUCCCCUCUGUUUCUGAUCGGCCCGAGGUUCCAGCUAGAGCUGCUGCUGCUGCCGCUGUUGCUCGUGCUCUUGCGGGAUUGCCUCCUCACCAGCGGUAUAGCCUCUCAUCAAGUUCCGAAGAACUGAGUUCUAUAUAUGGAAGCAGAAAUCAUGGUGAAGAAGUAGAGGAGCUUGAGGAUGAAUUCUAUGAGGAGGAUUUUGAUCCAGUCAAGUAUGUUUUAGAGCAUGCUCCUGCUGAAGAAAGUGAGCUUGCACACUUUGAGAAACAGGCCGCUCUUAGAUUGGCACAGUUGGAUAGAGUAGCAGAGUGUUUAUCUCGCCACGUAAUGAAGCAUCAUGAAGUAAUGGUGAAGGGGAUGAAUUUGGUUAGGGAACUGGAAAAAGACUUGAGGAUUGCCAACGUCAUCUGCAUGAAUGGAAGAAGACAUUUGACCUCAUCUAUGAAUGAAGUUUCAAGGGAUCUCAUUGUAAAUUCGUAUUCCAAAAAGAAACAAGCUCUUCUGGACAUGCUUCCAAUUUUGACUGAGCUUCAACGUGCAUUGGAGAUGCAAUCAACACUUGAAUUACUUGUUCAGGAGGGGAAUUAUUGCAAGGCAUUUCAAGUGCUAUCUGAGUUUCUGCAACUUUUAGACAGUUUGUCAGAGCUUUCAGCAAUACAGGAGAUGACUCGUGGUGUGGAGGUUUGGCUGGGAAAAACUCUACAAAAGCUGGAUGCUCUUUUGUUGGGAGUUUGUCAGGAAUUCAAGGAAGAUAGCUAUCUAACUGUUAUUGAUGCCUAUGCAUUAAUCGGGGAUGUUACUGGUCUGGCUGAAAAGAUACAAAGUUUUUUCAUGCAAGAAGUUAUCUCGGAAACCCACUCUGUGUUGAAGGCUGUUGUGUAUGAGGAUGAGGAGGCACCUUUGCAAAAUAGUAGGCUCACUUACAGUGACUUAUGCCUUCAGAUAUCCGAAUCUAAGUUUAGGCCAUGCUUAUUAAGAACAUUAGCUGUUCUGUUUGAGCUUAUGCAUUCAUACCAUGAAAUCAUGGAGUUUCAGCUGGAUAGACAGGUCGCAGCAGGCCAAACUUCAAAUAAAGACAAUGAUGUUUCCUGUAGUCCAUGCGGGGCUGGGGAGGCUGAUGCAGAUGUAAGAACUCGUAGCAUCUCUUUUUCCGGUUCUGGAGAUGAGAUUCAUGGUUCAUCUUCAAGAGGAGAAUCUGAAACAGCCAGCUCACUGGUUGAAACUUCCAACACUACUGGUUUACCAUGUAUAGAUUCUCUCGAUCCAGUUAAUGAGUCUAGAAAGGAGGAUAAUGCAGCAUCAAGUAUUGAGUCCCCUUGGUACCAUCUGCGCAAAGAAGCUACAGAAUUUGUUUCACAGACCCUUAAAAGAGGGCGCAAGAAUCUUUGGCAUCUCACUACUAGCCGUGUUUCAGUAUUGCUUUCUUCUGAUGCAGCUUGUACCACAAGCAUUCACCAAUUCUUGAAAAAUUAUGAAGAUCUCAGUAUCUUCAUUUUGGCUGGGGAAGCCUUUUGUGGAAUUGAAGCAGUUGAGUUUAGGCAGAAGUUGAAGGUGGUUUGUGAAAACUAUUACAUUACUUUUCAUCGACAAAACGUUCAUGCACUCAAAAUGGUUUUGGAGAAAGAGAUGUGGUUAAAAUUACCACCAGAUACAGUGCAAAUGAUCAGUUUUUCUGGACUAGUUGGUGAUGGAGCACCUUUGAUUUCUUUGUCUAACCGCAAAUCAAUUAAUCCCAGUGGAGUUGACUCUGAUAGAUUAGUAAACUUGGUUCACAGUCGCAACAGCUCUAGGGAAAGUGGGUUCUCUUAUUGGCUUAGAAAUGGAAACCCAUUUUUGCAGAAAUUAUCAACCUCUAGAGAAGGUCAUUGUUUCUUCCAAUCUAAUGGAUCACCUUAUGGUGAACUUGAUGGAAAUUCGAACAGCAGUUUGUAUGGCGAUAAAUUUUUGCCUGGAAAGAAUGAUUCCAGUCAAAUGAAUGGUGCUAAUUCAAUUUCAGAAGAUGAAAAUGAGGAUCUUCUUGCAGACUUUAUCGAUGAAGACAGUCAACUUCCAAGUCGAAGUUCAAAACCCAAUCAUCCAAGAAGAAAGUCAUUACAUUGUAAUGAUGAAGAAAAUACAGCGCAAACUGGUUCUUCUCUAAGUCUCUUAAGAUCUAUGGAUAAAUAUGCAAGGCUUAUGCAGAAAUUAGAAGUAGUAAAUGUUGAAUUCUUUAAGGGAAUUUGUCAGUUAUUUGAGAUUUUUUUCAAUUUUGUAUAUGAAACAUUUGGUCAGCAUAACACUGGUUUCAAUGGAAAAGGUUCGUCCGAUUAUCUUAAUUAUCAGCUAAGGACAGCCUUAUCUAAAAUAGCGCAAGAUUGCGAUCAGUGGAUAAAGCCCCCGUCAUCUUCACCUACUUCAUCAUUUGUACAUUCAGAGGUAACACCUGCUGGCCCUCGCUCAAAUUCGGGUAACUCUGCAGUGACAUCUUUGGGUCUUAAGGAAAGAUGUGUGGCUGUUGACACUAUAUCAUUUGUUGCUCGAAUAUUGAAUAGAUCCAAAUCUCAUCUCCAAUCAAUGCUUUUGCAAAGUAACGCUACUGUACUUGAGGAUUUCUAUCUGCAUCUGGUGGAUGCGGUACCAGAUCUAGCAGAGCAUAUUCAUAGGACAACAGCUAGACAACUACUGAACAUCAAUGGGUAUGUUGAACGUGUUGCCAAUUGUAGAUGGGAAGUAAAAGAGCUUGGGCUUGAGCAUAAUGGGUAUGUUGAUUUGUUGCUUGGAGAAUUUAAGCACUAUAAAACACGUCUUGCUCAUGGGGGAAUUCGUCUAGAGAUUCAAGACCUCCUACUGGAAUACGGGCUUGAAAUUGUGGCGGAAACUCUUGUAGAAGGACUUUCACGGGUUAAGAGAUGUAGUGACGAAGGACGAGCUUUAAUGUCAUUGGAUCUGCAGGUUUUAAUCAAUGGACUGCAUCAUUUUGUGUCCAUGAAUGUGAAGCCCAAGCUACAAAUGGUUGAAACCUUCAUUAAGGCUUACUAUCUUCCAGAGACAGAAUUUGUGCACUGGGCCCGUGCGCACCCCGAAUACACUAAAAGUCAGAUUAUUGGGUUGAUAAACCUUGUUGCUUCGAUGAAAGGUUGGAAGAGAAAAACCAGGUUGGAAGUCUUGGAAAAGAUUGAGUGAGCUUUAUUAUUAUUAUUAUUAUUAUUUUUUUUUUUUUUGGGUUUUGGUUUUGGGCAAAGCUUAUGUCAGAAGAUUUUGUUCCUUUUCUCCUUUCCUUUUCAUUUCGGCAGCUGUUUUGGGGGCAGUGUAUAUUGGAUGUUAUUUAAUUGCAAGGCUUGGGAGUGCUUUCCAAGUCGUGUAUCUUCUGGCGUCCUGUAAUAUAAUAAUAUUUUUUUUGGAUUAAAUAAUAUAAUAUAAUGAUAAUCUUGUCAAAAUAAGCUGUAA